UCCUUCCUGAGACCUCUGGUCUCCUAAGACUGCUCUUGAUCUGGGGGUACGAGGAUGCCCCAGGGUGGGAGGUUCUGGAUCCCUGAAAUUAGGAGGCUGACCUCUCCUUCCUCCCCCACACCCCAAACCCGAGAUUUCCUCAUCUGACGAGACACCGUCCGGGGGGUGGGGAUAUGUGUGGACAGAUUGGCAGACUGGGGAUCAUGGAGGCUGAAGAAAUCUACAUAAACCAGACCAGUAUGCAGGCAGCAGCCGUCAAAGACAAGCAACGAGGGACACCAGCCAAUAGGAAAGGUGUAGAAGACCCCAACUAUGCGAAUAUCCCCGUGAUCUUAAGAAAACAGGAUCAUCCAAAGGGCAGUCACUCACCCUCCAAGAGUGAGGCCCGGUCCAGGCCAUCCUCGGACUCUGCCCAGGGUUUGCACAAAGCCUUCACAAGCCUGUACAUUCUUCUCGCCCUGGUUUCCAUCAUUCUGUUGGUCUGGGUUCUGGUGAAGAAUUCUGUGAUGUCCCAGGAGCUGCUGGUCUUGAAAACCGAGAUCUCGAAUGUCUCUAUCUCCACACGUGAAUGGGAGGCGGGGCAAAGGAAGGGCUGGAGCUACGUCAGGCAGAGCCUCAGUAACGCCAAACAGAGCAUUGACUUGGCCAACCGCAAUGUGCAGGCUGGGAAUGAGAAGCUGAAGAAGCUGACGGAAGACAUGACCCAAAUCAAGACUCAAUUACAGCAGAUCGCUGAGGUGCUGAAGAAAAUGCAAAAUCCACAGCCCACACAGUCCACUCGGUAAUCAAGAGGCCCUGGAAGCCUGGGCGCAGCUCCGAGGACAGGGGCGUACCCCCCGUACAUAUGACACCCGGGGCCCAGUCUUGUCUGAACCUGUUCAUCAUCCCCACAUAGCAAAUCCUAUGUCACGGCGAAUGAGUGUUGUGGAGUUGCGUGUGUGCGUGUGUGUGGGGUAAGCAUUUCAUGGAGGGCAGGUCUUGGGUGAAUGUUGAAUGUGGGGUCACAGAGGGUGUGGUGUGCACCUGUCACUGUCCAUGUGACACGUGUAUAUCAUAGCGUGUGGUGUCAUGCACAUCACAGUGGGUAGCUGUGUCAGCAGGGACCACAAAGGUGGGUCACAGGGAGGGUGGGUGCUGGUGACACAUGUUACCCAUGCAUGUUUCACUGUUGGUGUGAAUAUGCAUGAAUGCCCUGCAACAUGUUACAUGUAUGUAUAAACGUGUCAUGGUGGAAUUAGUGGGAGCACCCCGUGGGAAUGUAAUUGCGGGUGUCACGGUGUGUGCCUGUCACUCCCUGUGCCCCGAGAACAAUGUGUCCAUGUGAGUGUGCCUGUCACCGAGGGUGCUGGGAACACGCACACCCGUGUGCCUGUGUUUCUGCAUCACAUUUUGUGGUCCAUGGAAGUAAAGGCCAAGGGAAAACAA